GCCGCCGGUGUCAGUGCAUCGAGCGCUCGAUCAGCGCAAGCUAAUCAACACCGCAGCCACUUGGUACGAGAUGUCGACGAGUUACAACAAUAAUUACGGACACCAGGCGUUCAGCGGCCAGUCGGCCACGGAAGCGGCCGCCCUGUCGUGGUACGACAUGGUGGUCCGACAACAGCAACACGACAGGUUAGUGGAGAAGUUGUUCUUGCACGAGCAACAGCAGCGCAUGCAACACCGGAUAUUACUGAGGGCCGACGACGAAGACGACAACGACUUGAACGGGCCGACCGAAACCGAACAAGAGGUGCCGACCGUUGACUUCCGGCAACACGUGUGGCCGAUCAUCCCGCCCCGAUCGCUUGACGGCUGCUACGGCGAUGACCACUCGCGGCCGUGUAGUCCACUGGACUUGUCCGUAAAGCCGAACCAACGGGCCGGUGACGCCACUAUGACCACGGUGAAGGCGACGGCCUUGCUUCAGGUGACGGUGGACGGACAAUCAGAAUUCUUCGACAACAAAACGGCCGCGUCCACUCCAGUGAAACGCCGCGGUCAAUUCGACAGUUCGUCCGAGGCCAAGUCCAAGUCUAAAAAACUGAAACGUACGAACAACAACAAUAACAACAACAACUGCAACGAGGACGACAGCGUGCGCAACGACGACAAAUUGCUAAAGAAGGUGAAAGCGGCGUCCAGAAAAUUGAAUUUCUCGCUCAAAACCGGCGUCCUGGACAAGUCGUCGCCGGUAUCGGGUACGAUCAUCGUGGAAAAGCCUACGGGUCCGGACGCGGACUACAAGACGGAGCGGCCGAAAAACAGGAAGCGGCGACGCGAAGACGAUGCGGGCGACGAAAACCAACCGGAAGAACGGCAUGCUGACCCGGGAGACCGUAGAUCACGAGAUCCGGUUGGUCUGGACGCCGCCGACGAUGACGACGACGAGUUCGGCGGCGACAUCGAUCCCCGGUUCAACGUGGUGGCCGCCACCCCCGAAGCUCGCCAGCAGCUGGCCGAAAUCCCCAACGUGAUCGGCGAGUACCGGUGCCGGUUGUGCACCACCGUUUAUCCGGACGCUUUCGCCCUGGCCGCCCACCGGUGCAAGUGCAUCGUGCACGUCCGGUACCGGUGCCCCGAGUGUUCCAAAGUGUUCCAGUGUCCGGCCAAUUUGGCGUCGCAUCGCCGAUGGCACGGCGCCGCUACCGGUAAGAACGCGGCAGAGGCCAACAGACACCGGGAAGAACAGCGGCCCGAGUCGACGCCGCCGCCGUCGCAACCGUCACCUUCCCUCUCCGUAGAUUCACCAUUAGGCUACGCGGACGCCGCCACUACCAGCGGAACAGUUUUCUUUAAGAAGAACAUGCUACAGAGAGCGGCCGUAGAAGCCAACAAUAACAACAACAACGCCUUCAAAGCUGAUAACAACGUCGUGAUGUGAUAAGAGUGGUCACCUGUGACUGCCGUGUUUAAUCCAUGAUGUACCGCAACGAGACUAUUACACGUGUAUAUUACGUAGUAAUAUAACUUCGAGGUAACAACAAUACUAUAAACAAUAUAAUAAUAUAAGCAUUCGUCUUACACGCACACACAACCAUAACUAGUCAAAAUCUUAUAAUAUUAAGUAGGUAACUAUUUAGUCAUUAUAAAUUAUAACUUAUUAAUCUAGUCUUCAUCAAAAAAAAAAAAUUAUAUAUAUAUAUAUAUUCUAGUCACGCGUACUAAUAAGUCUAAUAGUUCUAGUCGUUCAAAUAAAGGAUCUUAAAAUUCUAGUCGUUUAAAUUUUAGAUCUCCAAAUUCUAGUCAAUUGAUUUUAUUGUAGGUCUCAAAAUUCUAGUCGUUCAAUUUGUAUGUCUCGAAAAUCUAGUCAUUCAAUUUUUAGGUCUCGAAAAUCUAGUCAUUCAAUUUGUAGGUCGUUUAAUCCUAGUCCUUUAAAUUAUAGAUCUCUCAAUCCUAGUCUUUAAAUUUAAGUAUUUUCUAAUCCAAGCUCUCAUUUCUAGUCUUGCAUACUCCAGGUCCCUAAUUUCUAGUGUUAGCUACAUUGGGUUUUAAAUAAUUGUACGAGUACAAUUUUCAAACCUUUUAAAUUCUAGUCUUUUAAAUCUCAGAUCUCUAAAUUCUAGUCUUGUGCGCACUAAGCUUUAUACAUUUCUAGCCAUGCUUAAAUUAGCUCCUUUAAUUUUAGGCUUAUUAUAAUAACUUAUUAUUCUAGUCGUUCGCAUUUAAGCUCCCUAAAUUCUAGUCUUACAUCAGCUUUAAAAUGUCGAUCAAACCAUAAGGGCAACUAGAACUAACUGUUUAGAGGUCUUAACACUGGACACAAAUAUCUAGUAUAAGAAAAAAACAAUAAAUAUCUAAAGUACUUAAAAAAAAAAUUGUAUAGAAAAAAUUAAUCAAUCAAUAGUUAAUUAUAGUUUAAAUAUCCAGUGGAGCUUAUACGGCCUCUGAGCAGAAUCUAGAGUUGUUCUUGGUAUACACUUUAGGUCUUAAAAUUCUAGUCACUUUUAAAAUAUUAUAAUCUAGUCAUGAUAGUCAAUGAUAAUUACUCUAGUCUAAUUAUAUACUCGUCCUCUGUACCUCUGGCCAUUGGCUGCACUAGUCGUUCAAUCUGUAGAGUAUCUAGUCAUAAUUAUUAAUAAAACACAACAUAAUGUGUAAGUAGUUUAUAAACCGACGGUUUUGCUUUAACGUAACACUCAAUCUAGUCACGCGUAGAAACGUUCCUAUAUGAAUUCAGACCAAAUAUUAUAUGCAUAGUAGAUAUAUUAGUAUAGGUAUUAUUAUUUGAUACUGAAUCAUAUAUUAUUAUAGUUUUUGUUUUUAUAGAUAGCGUUUAUUCAUUAGUUAUAUAACUAAGAUAGAAAAUAAUAAUGCUAGUGUUAGAGAUAUUGAAAAUAUUAUAUGGGGAUAUAUUUUUAAUGGGUGUAAUGGUGUUCUUUUGUUCUCGAUCACAGGGUAUAUUUUCUCGCACAUUUAUAAACAGUUAUAAGUAUAGAUUAAUUUAAUUAUAUGUAUAUUUAUAUGAAAUACAAGUAUAAUAUAUGGGUUAAAUAUUAGGUUAUUUAUAAAUUAAUGUACGGUUAAUUCGUAGUCAAUAGCAUUUUAAUUUGGUUCUUAACACAAAUUGAUCUAGUUUUAACAAACUUAGCAGUAGUCCCAAUGUACUGAGUACCUAUAGUUGUCGGUGUACAUGAGCGCACGUAUAAAUUAAGCACCAGAGGCACUGCGUGAUUACAUAGACUCGACAAUAAAAAAAAAUUAUAAAAAUAAAAAUAAAAAAUCAUACACAUUCUUUUGGCGACUAAAAAAAUAAUUGCCGACGGCGGGCGUUCAAGUCGCCAGAGUCGACGCAACACAGUCGGCCCUAUAAUAAGUAUUGUGGGGUUAAAAAGUAAAAACAAACGCCGCCGUUGGUUGUGUAUGUGUGUAAACAAAAAAAAUAUUUAAAAAAUUAAAAAAAACAAAAAAAAUUCCAGUAGCGAACAACGUUGGGAACCCGCAGUAACAUAUUGAUUUUGAAUUCAAAUCAUUUAACUAUAAUAUAUUAUUGUCUUUGUUUGGUAACUAUUCAAACGCGAGUUUUGCCAGCACAAAAACAUCCAAUAAUUAGGACUUACCAGCGCCAGUAGAUAGUUAAGCGUUACACAAUUAUUGUGUGAGGAUAUUUUAUUUAUGUAGAAACAUAUUGUACAUAAUAUAGUAAUAUAAAUUGGGUGCUGGGCGUAUCGAUGUGGCUUAGAUAGAAAAUUAUCUUUUUAGGAACCUGGCAGAUCAUGUGAGUUAUUUCGAAUCGCCCAGUCGAUAAUUUUUCAUUCUUACAAAUAUUUUGUUAUUAGUUUUUAAUUGUACAUUUUUACAUACCGCCGAUGCCACCACGUGGCAUGCGGUCCUGAGUACGUUCUAGUCAUUCCAUUUUAGUCAAACGUUAUUGAAUUAUGCUGUCCGGCGGAGGUCUUCACAACCGUGUCAUGGUUACCUGCUCUUUGCAAGCUGAACCCAACCUCUCUUACCAACUACAGUUGACUAGCUAACAGUCCAUUUCUCCUCAAACUCCACCUGGGUAGGAUCUACCCACUUUUUUAAUCGUUGUCCCCUCUAUCUCAUAGUCAAGUCAACUCCUUGAAAACCGAACCGACUCCACCUACUCCAAAACCAGUCAGAUAUUUCCCAACCAUGCUUGCACGCCGCGAGUGAUGUCCACCGCCGGCAACUAAUCAAUUUAAUAUUGUUUAUAGUCGUAUUAUAGUUUUAUUAUAGUUUAUUGAUAUAUGUAUAUAAAUAAUAUAGUAUAUUUUAGUACAGAUAUUUAUUGCAAAUCUAG